GCGCCCCGCUUUGCGCGCCCCCGGAGCCGAGCCCGGCUGGCGGCGGCGGCAGCGGCGGAGCAGCAGCAGCUGCUGCUGCUGGAGAUGCGAAGGGCGCAGAGCUGAUGGAGGCGCCCCGGCUGCGCCCCCCAAAAAAGCGGCGAAGGCGAAGGAGGCGGCGGCGGGGGCAGCUCGGCGGGCCGCUCCCGGGCACCGGGGGGACCUCGGCGGCUGCUUGGAGGGGUCCUCCCCGCUCGGGCGCCCCCGCUGGGGGAGGAAGAGGAGGAGGAGGAGGAGGAAAAGGGAGGGCGCUGGAAAGACGCGACCCUCGCCCGCCUCACCCGCUUUCCCGACGGCCAUGGAAGUCUCCGACCCGGGAAGCCCGAAGGCGCAGGAGGCGAGGCUGAGCCUGCAACCCCUCGGGGGGGAGGGUCUCCACCGGCGACCCCCGUCCCCGCCGCCUUUCCCCGGCCCGGAGCUCCCGAUGGGCCGUUCUCCAGGGACCCCCGUCGGGGGAAGCGGCUCCCCCGGCCCCGCUGCCUUGAUGCUGCCGGACGCCGAGCAGGUGCUGCGCGGGAUGGCCGAGCGGGCUCCCCGCCGAGCCUCCUCCUCCUCCUCCUCUUCUUCUGUCGGAGGCUGCUGCCUGGCCGGGCCGGCGGAGCCAGACGCGCGGCCGGGCUCUCGGGGACGCGACGGCCCAAUUAGCCUGGAGGAAAGCCAUUCAGGUGCGGGAGAUCGCCUGCCAGAAGAAGAAGAGGCCGCCGUCGGGCAGAGCCCGGAGGAAAGUGCUGAGGGUGAGCCUUGGAGCUGUUCAGCAGGACCUCCUCUUGCUCCGGAUUUAGGACAGGAGGCGGAAGAGUUGGACGCAGGGGAGCCUUUCUGUCCCAUUUCGGGGACCCUCCCAGGCUCGGAGGGUCUCUUCCUGAAUCUCACGGAAGAGGGAUCCUACAACACCGGGCUCUUUCUGGAUUGCCCCUGGACGGAUGAGAUGGACCACGCGGACUCUCAAACAGGCCGGGGUCCCCCUUUGUUAAGACCUUUAGUGGCGACCCCUCCGAGUCCAUUGCUCCCCACUCUCCCGUCUUCCAACCACCUUGCUCCCCGCUUAUCUUUGGGGCAGGCCCAACCCCUGGAGGAAGAGCUACCUAACUGUUUGGAAGAUGCUCCUCAGCUCCGAACGGUCUUCCGAGCCCUGGACCAGGACGAUGAUGGGUUUGUCCGGAUAGAGGAGUUUGUGCAAUUUGCCACCGUCUACGGAGCAGAGCAGGUGAAGGAUUUGAUCAAGUUCUUGGACCCUAUUGGGCUUGGCGUGAUCAGCUUUGAAGACUUCUGUCGUGGGAUUUCUGCCAUCAGAAACGGAGAUCCAGACAGUCAGCUGUGCCCCAUGGGAUACACUCCUGAUGUGCCUCCUCCUACAUGUGCUGAUGAAUUUGAUGACUUUGUUGCAUACGAGGCCAAUGAGGUAACCGACAGUGCGUAUAUGGGCUCAGAGAGCACCUACAGCGAGUGUGAGACUUUCACGGAUGAGGACACCAGCACGCUGGUCCAUCACGAGAUGCACGACGAAGUCGAGACGGACAGUGCGGUCGAUUCUACGGUGCAUUCAGAAUUCAUGGAGCCAGAGGAAACGGAGAAUGGAUCCCACCCUCACGACUUGUCCUUGACCGCCGAUGUCAACAGCCACUCCAUCGUCACUGUAAUCAGUGGAGAGGAGCAGUUUGAGGACUACGGAGAAGGGAAUGAGGGGGAACUUUUCUCGGACAGCUUGUGCAAUGGAGAGAGCGGCUUCAGUAGCUCCUCUUUCCUUUCUCCCAGCACCAACCCACUUGCCACGAAACUGCACAGCAUUAUCACUGACGAGGUGUUUGAGUUUUACUGUAGCCAGUGCCAUAAACAAAUCAACCGCCUCGAAGAUCUUUCCUCCCGCCUCAGUGAUCUUGAAAUGAAUAGCCCGAAUAAGAGACUCUCCAGCAAAAAGGUAGCAAGACACCUGCAUCAGACAGGAAGCUUUUCGAUGGAUAAUAUAGAACAACCUUUCCAGAAGAGCGCCGAGUGCCUGGAGGAGGAUAUCACUGAUAAGGUGAUCUUCUUGGAGAAAAGAGUGACAGAAUUGGAAAAGGACACAGCAGCAAACGGGGAGCAGCAGAGCCGGUUGAAGCAAGAAAACCUUCAACUGGUGCACAGAGCAAAUGCCUUGGAAGAGCAGCUGAAAGAGCAAGAGAUGAAAUCUGAUGAAAUUCUGAUGGACGAAAUCCGGAAACAGAAAGACAUGCUCAGCAGGAUGGAACGAGAAAAAAGCAUUGAGAUUGAAAACCUGCAAGCCCGGUUGCAUCAACUGGACAAUGAAAACGGAGAACUUCGGUCCUGCGUCCCCUGCCUCAAGGCCAACAUUGAGAGACUAGAAGAGGAGAAACAGAAGCUGUUGGACGAAAUUGAAGACCUCACCGUUCAGCUCACAGAAGAGCAGGAGAACAAGAGAAAGCUGGGAGAGAAGUUGAAUCACGAGAGACAUCAGUUCCAGAAAGAUAAAGAGUCCACGCAAGAGCUGAUUGAGGACCUCAGGAAACAGCUGGAACACCUGCAGCUCUUUAAGCUAGAAGCCGAGCAGCGGAGAGGGCGGAGCAGCAGCGUAGGCCUGCAGGAGUACAACAGCCGGACGCGAGAGAAUGAACUGGAACAAGAGAUCAGGCGGCUCAAGCAGGACAACCGAAACUUGAAGGAGCAGAACGAUGAGUUGAACGGGCAGAUCAUCAACCUCAGUAUUCAAGGUGCCAAGAAUCUCUUCUCUGCUUCCUUCUCGGAAUCUCUAGCGGCGGAAAUCAGCUCGGUCUCCAGAGACGAGCUGAUGGAGGCAAUCCAGAAGCAAGAAGAGAUCAACUUCCGACUCCAAGACUACAUUGACCGAAUCAUUGUGGCCAUCAUGGAAACCAACCCAUCUAUCCUGGAAGUCAAGAAUGGAGCAGAAUCUGGGUGGCCCCUUGAAAUAACCUUCUUGGAAACUUCUCCUGUCCACAAGGAACAGAAGCAGGCUUGUGCUGCGCGGGAGGUAGCUGGAUCCCUCGGCACCUGGAAGUUGUAGCACGGCAGUCAAAGGAAGACUCUCUCAGAUCCCUUCCUGGAACCUGCCUUCCCCUGCCUCUCUGUUUAAUCAUCAGCCCUCCGAUUGCCCUCCUUUUUGAAGCUGCCUGGGUUGUUCGGCCAGUGGAAAGGAAAACGGGGCUGCCUUGAACUCCGGCCGGGUUCGUUGUCUCUUGCGCCGUGUCUCACAAGGCAUGGCAUGUUUUGGAGCCCCCAUGUUUUUUUGGGGGGGUGGGGUCUGCCUUAAAACUCAGGAGUUGCAGGCACUCCGGGGAAUGGAGCCACUCUGUAGAGUGACGGGCUGAUGUAAAAGAAAAGAAGGAAGAGGUAAACCCAGGCGUGGUCCUCUGGAUGAUUUGGUGGGUGGUAGCCCUGGUUGAUGAAGUUGGUUGUCCGGGGCAGCAGCUGGCGAUGAUUGUGCUGGAGGAGGAGGACGCUCAGCUGAUGAUACUGAAUGUGGAAGCAGAGCUGAUCCUUUAUCCCUCCUUGCUGCAGCUGCUUCCUUCCAUGCUUCAUCUCACACCCUUUUUCGUUUGGGGUUUUCUUUUAGUUAAACCACUUUAAGGCAAGAAUGGCCACGGAUGUGUCGGUUCAAUAAUAAAAACGGGAAAGGAGGGAUGUGGGGAGAGGGAGACACAUCACAGACUGGAAGAACCGAGUUGUUUUGUCUGUUGGCACCAACACAUCACAUUGCUUAGAAGGACCUGUUCAAGCUCUAGUAGAACACUGAAUUAUUGGUUUGGCUUUGCAUCUAUACCUUUGGGAAGGUGCUGAAACAGAUAUUGCACAGAACUCUUCCGCUUUCUCCUUGGGUCGAAGUAGAUUUGUAUAUCGAUGGGAGUCUGAUAAACAAGCAAUUGGGGACAAGUCAACUUUCCCUCCAACAUAAAUUUUUAGGGGAGAAGAUGAAUUUUGCCUGUACCUAGAAAGCAGGCUAUUUCCCCUGAAAAAAAAAAGAGAAAAGGUUUUCAAUGUAUUUUAAAUCUGCCCUUUGAGAUACGUUUUAAAAGAGGCUUGUUUCUUGAGGGUUCUUUAUUUUAUUUUAAAUGCCACUAUUUGGAAUUUGAAAGGGGCGCCUUAUACCUCUCAUGAGCGAAUCCUGCUUCACCGAUGCUUUAUUUUAGACAGAAGUUUCAGGAGCCCACGGAGGGCGAGAUUGUACAUUUCGACACAUACCUUCUCUGUAUCUCCUCCACUGUCCACCUCUCUAAAGCACACACGGAGCGAUUGUGCAACUUGGACACACAAUGUAUGGGGCAACCGGACUUGUGUCUGUGCGAGCCACAUGCAGAUUAUUUUCCUGGGGUGUAAGACAUCGUGCUGAGAACUGGUAUACGCUAUUCCUCUCCCUUCUUAGAAAUCAUCGAACCGUUGAGUUUUUGAGUCACCUUCAUGUACGGACAAACUACCUGCUGCUAGUUUGAAAAUGCUAGUUCCAGCCAAAGCCACGGGCUUUUUGCUUUUUCACACUGAGUUCUCACAACUGGAAUACUUUACAGUUUCUUGAACCAGCACACUGGAAUUAAAAAAAAAAGAAAAAUCAGUAGAUUCCCCUAUGAAUGGUUUCCAACUGGCUUGAACGUGGAGAUGAAAUGGUCAGAGAAACACAGAGAUGAUGUUCCACUGGAGAGUGAUUCUCAAACCCCAAACAUUCUUCUUACACACUUACUAAUGUCCUGUAUUUCUCUGUACCCAAAAAAAAAGAAAAAAAAGCCUGCAGGAAGAAUCCACAAACUGUACAUUUCCAGAAGAAACUUUGGGUGUAAAUCAGUGUAUACUUGGAAAGAAAAAGAUGUUUUUUUCUUUUUCUACCUUGUAGAGUUAGGUAUUUUUUAUAGAAUGGAGGCCGAUCAAUUUUUUAAUACUUCAGAGAGCAAUGUAUCUGUGUAAACACACAAAUCUAUAUCUAUAUAUAUAUAUGUAUGUAUUGUAUAAUGUACAAAUCUAUAAAUAAUCAGAUUGCCUUUCUGGACUUGGGCUCACCUGUCCGUAUUGUUAAAUCCCCCCCUCCCCCCAGGCUCCUCCUGGCCUCCUGGUUGAUCACAAUGUGGUACUGUAAUGUAAAUAGUCACAGCAGGAGGAAAACAGCAGAUUCACCGUAAAUAGUGAAGUUCUGGCCUUGCGCACACGGUUUUAAUUUCUCAAGGAAAAUUGUUCUCCCCAGUGGGUAAUAUGAAGGAGUUUCCAAAAAGAGACAAACAGUUAUUUGUCUUUAACGGGUGUGCUGACUCUUGUCUAAUUAAAAGCUGUUACUGUCUCUGGCUGGGGAACCGGCUUGCUUGGUCUUUUUCUUCCUGCAUCCAGGGGAGGUGGACAUCUUUGCCAUGUAAGAGACCUUGGUGCAACGGUCAGAAUUGCCAUCCACUCAAAAGGGGAUUUGUUGGCCCUUGUGCCCAAAUUCAGAUUAGAUUCUGUGCCAUGGGGCUGUACUCACAGGUAACCUAUCAGUUCUGGCUAUUAUUAGUAAUGUUCGUUGCUAGGAGUUUGUUCUUUAUCCAUGCUUUGGAGCAGGGGUGGGUUUCAAAUUUUUUUACUACCGGUUCUGUGAGUGUGGCUUGGUGGGCGUUGCAGGGGAAGGAUACUGUAAAAUCUCCAUUUCCUCCCAAUCAGCUGGGACUCGGGAGGCAGAGAAUAGAUGGAGGCGGGGCCAUUCAGAAUUUUUACUACCGGUUCUACAAACUACUCCAAAUUUCCGCUACCGGUUCUCCAGAACUGGUCAGAAUCUGCUGAAACCCACCUCUGCUUUGGAGGAAAGGUUCAAACAAGCUUUGCUUUUGGCCGCUAAGGGAAACCUGAUUUGGACCACAGUUCGCACUGACUAAAUGGGCCAAUAAAUGAGUCAGUAAAUGAAUAGUAAUCUACUGUUGCUGAUUGUGAAAUUAAAGUCAAUGGAAGAAGUGGGUAGGUUGACCGUUCCAUUGUCCUUCAAGCUAAAGGAAGAAGAAGAAGGCAACUUCUCAAGGUUGAACAUGGAAUAUCAUCUGAGUUGGAAGGGACCCUGGAAGAUCUUCUAAUCCAGGAG